AUGAACCCCAAAAUACGUACCCACGUUCGGCGGAACGCACUGCAAGUGAAGGAAAUCCAAUCAGCACUCAAUGGAGCAGGGCAAUCCACUGAGAGAACAGCUGGGGCAGCAACACCAUCCGCAGGAGCAGCAAACGCGCUGGCGCCACCACCGCCAAAAUUGAUUAUGAGAUCCUCGAUGUUCUUCUCGCAGAGCUUAGCAAAAAGGAUGGGCCAGUUUGCAGCUUCACCUGCGUGGCAAUCUUCUCAGCCUGCAGAACAGAAAAAUCAAAUCCCACAACAAAAUCCCCCAAAAAGACAUGUAAAAUGGCUGAAAAUAUACAAAAAUAAGAAUUAUAGUGAUGGCGAUGCCAUCAUCGUGAAGAAUCAAGGCAGCGUAGGUGCAAGCGACCUCUCUGACAGACAUUUUCUGUCCUCUUUCUUCAGAGGCUUUAGAAACAAGCAAUGA